GAAACCAGCAGCGUUCCUACAUGGGUUGGGGGAUGCAAAGCUACUGCAGAGCACAUCAGAUUCUUCAUUUUGAAAGUUAAGAGACAACCAAAGCUAUCUCCAAGGAAAGACUGAACAUGGCCAUUCAUUCAUUCAUUCAUUCAACCUUUGCUACUAUUUGCUUUGUUCAAGGUACCUUCUAAUAAGAUGCAAGAGACAGUAACAUAAACCAAAUCUCAGGAUGCUGCUGCUUCGAGCUGUUGUGCUGCUCUUGGUCCUGCCCGGUAAUGCUGAGGACACCACGACUGAAGGGCCAGGAAUCCUGCUCCCUCUACCCAAAGGGGCCUGUGCAGGUUGGAUGGCAGGCAUCCCAGGGCAUCCUGGCCACAAUGGGACCCCAGGACGUGAUGGCAGAGAUGGCACUCCUGGAGAAAAGGGUGAGAAGGGAGAUGCAGGUCUUGUUGGUCCUAAGGGUGAGAUAGGAGAAACUGGAGUGACUGGAACUGAAGGUCCCCGAGGCUUUCCAGGAACCCCAGGCAGGAAAGGAGAACCCGGAGAAGGUGCUUAUGUAUACCGCUCAGCAUUCAGCGUGGGGCUGGAGACCCGAGUCACUGUUCCCAAUGUUCCCAUUCGCUUCACCAAGAUCUUCUACAACCAACAAAAUCACUAUGAUGGCACCACUGGCAAAUUCCACUGCAACAUUCCUGGGCUGUACUACUUCUCCUACCACAUCACCGUGUAUAUGAAGGAUGUGAAGGUGAGCCUCUUCAAGAAGGACAAGGCUGUUCUCUUCACCUACGACCAGUAUCAGGAUAAGAAUGUGGACCAGGCCUCUGGCUCUGUGCUCCUCCACUUGGAGGUGGGUGACCAGGUCUGGCUCCAGGUAUAUGGGGAUGGGGACCAUAACGGACUCUAUGCAGAUAAUGUCAACGACUCUACCUUCACAGGCUUCCUUCUCUACCAUGAUACCAACUGAUUGUGAUUAACUCAGAGCUUCCAUGGCCCAAGCACGAUGAUUCUAGUGUUUCAUUUUAUUGUUUAGUUUGAGAGUCUGAAUAUUAGCCAUACAUUUAUUCACUCAUCCAUCACACAUUUAUACAAAAAAACAUUUCUGCAUUGCUAGUCAGAAGACGACCUGUUCCCCAGUCUCUAUGAUCUCUUACUAGAGUAGAAUAAUAGGAUGCAAAUAACAUUGACUGGGGGAGCUUCCUGUACAGAAAGCUAUAAUGACUGUAAGGAAGUGGAAGAUGUUAUUUUGUGCCAACAGUCUCUCCUGAUAGUUAUGGCAAUGCUGUGAGGUACAUAUGAAAGGUAGUAUAUCCUCUUUUUACAGUUGAGUUCCUUAGGCUGUGUUAAUGAACGUCUACAGUCAUACAAGUAUUAAAGUGGCAGAGCUACAAGAGAAGCCAGGAGCCAUGGACUGUUUCCACUAGGGUGCCAUUUUCAGAAGCACAUGCUUCCUUGGAAUGUUGGUAAAGAUUUUGAGCCCCAUUCUCCGGAGGAGCUCUUAAUUUACAUUCAGCAAGACUUGCUUCAGUACGGCUCCCUCAGAGAAGGCUAUCCUAUGCCUGGGUCCACCCCAGCUGAUCCCCUCCCCAACUAUUCUGCGCUUCCUCUUCUCAAUGUGUCUGCUUGUGCCCUUCCUUCCAGCUAGGGAAAUCCCUUCCAUCUCCACGUUGGAUUUCUCCUUGUCUCUCAAGGCCACCUGGAUGAGAGCGUCUCUGAUGUGAUUUCUUUCCCAUUCCUGCUGUGUUUUUCCACAUAUAGGGUCUUGGGUAUGGAACAUGUCCUGCCUUUGACUAGGACCAACUGCUUGUAACGAGCCAGCUUCCUUCUGCUGAGAAUCCUCUGUAGGUCCUUCAUAAGUGCCCCAUAAACACUAAUCUCCUGAAUCCACAUCUUCCCAUAAUUUACUCCAUUUUAGUCUCUGUAUUACCCAUCCUUAGCCACAGAACCAUUUCCUUUAGGAAGCUUCUGGUUUUUAGCACCCAGUCCUUGUUCAGAUGGACAAACAGCUUGACCCUUUCUGACUGAGGUGAGAGAUGGCUAUGAUUUCCAGAACACUUACAGAAUUCUCACUCAAAAAAGCAGUUUCAGCCUGAAAAACAAAACACAGAGGAAUUUAGAAGGCAUUCUUUCAGUAAGCACUGACAAGGUAGAGGAAGAAUCAAGGCUUGUUCUUCAAGAAUUCUAGGUGGAGGGGCCAAAGAGACGGCUCAGUGGUGAGGAGCACUGGCUGCUCUUCCAGAGGACCCAGGUUCAGUUUCCAACACCACAUCAGGCAGCUGACAGCCACAUGUAAUUCCAUUUCCAGGGGAUCUGACCCCUCUUCUGGCCUCUGUGGCACUGCACACAUACACAUACAUACACACAGAAUAAGAUAAAUGUCUUUUUUAAAAAAAAGGAUUACAGGCAGUUCACUAUAAGAGUCAAAACCCUUUGAUACCUCUCCCAUGGGACCUGGUUAAGUCCACUUGGCUUGAGGACUUGAUUAAUGCUGGCACCUUGAUACACUGCCUGGCUCUCCUGAGCAGUACAUGUAUGCCUUGGUGAGCAGGCCUCCCCUGGGCACCCCAGCUGGUGGCCCCUUGUUCCUUCUAUCUGUGAGCAGUGGGCACAUACAACCCUCAGGGAGCCAUGUAUGACUGAUUUAGUGGUGGUACUUUGAUUUUUGUGGUACUUAGAAUCAAAUCUUGGGCCUUCACAUGAUAGGUAAGUGCUCUACCAGGCUUGGAUUUGGAUAUUUUAAAUGUUCUUCAAAACCAAGAGAUGUUUGGAAAUUGAAAAACUAAUGCAUACAAAUGGUUUCGUUUAUGUCAAUUAAUAUGUCUUAUAUGUAAAAAUAAAAAAGAAUUACAAGUGGUCGAUGGCAGUAAAUAUUCCUUCACGAGAAAAUUGUUUGAGUGAAACUCUUCGAAGGUUUAGAAAAAGAGUUAACCUUUGAAUAGAUGUUGUUUUUGCUUUUGCUCACGAUGCUAGGUUCUGGAUGCUGCCUUUUUAUCUGUAUACUCCUGUUCACUAAGUGGCUACUGUUCUGUAUACAAGGCUUUGUUAUUUCAAGUGUUUGCAAAUCAUUAUUUUGUGCAAGUAAAGACCAUAUUCAAUGUUAAAAGUAAAAACACUUGCUAUA